AUGUUGUUAACAAACACCAUAUUAGCAAACACAAAGAAGUUCUUCACCAAAACUUUCCGAACAUUCAAAUCCUUAGUCUCCAGCAGUGGAGGAAGAAAACAAUACCAAAAGCUUCCCAAAAACUCUACUACCUGCACAACUAUUCAAGACGAUGAAGACGAUAAUUAUCCGGAAGGUACCCAUCAUCGUACAACAUCACUAGUCAUCGAUGAUAAAGAGAACUACUCAUCAUCAAUCAUCAAGACGGCGCCAAAUGAUCAGGAGAUAGUGUUGUCAUCGGCACCUACCAAUAUUGCAACUACUAGCAGCAGUCAGGGAGUGAAUAAGAGAAGAGUACUUCAAGGAGAAGAUGAAAAUGGGUAUGAGAGGUUUUCAAUAGAUAAGAAAUUGGAGAUAAAACAGAAGAUGAUAAAGAAAUUAGGAUUGGCGGAUAAUGAAAAGAUAGUGAUGAGAAAUGAUCAUAAAGAAUAUGUUAUGGACAUUCAAGAAAUGCUUCACUACUAUUCUCAUAUUACAUGUCCUAGUUACUUGGAUAUUCUUGAUAAGUUUUUGAUGGAAUUAACUUACAACUCUGAAUAUCAUCAGCAUCAUGCAUCAUCCAUACAUCCUAAAAAAGACUACUAG